AGUAAGCUUUCAGAAGUUCUCUGUCUUAGCACUGAAUGAAGUGCCCUAAGCCAAGUGAAAAUUUCCCCUGUGAAUAGUGCUAUCGCAAUGAAAUCUUACCUUUUGAUAUUGUUUAUCUGCAUUUCUACAGCAUUUUGCAAAUAUCAUUUACCAUCUACUUCGAAACCCAAUCACUAUGACCUUUUUUUAUUUAUUGAUGUCGAUGGUGGAGUAUUCAAUGGGAGCGUUAAGAUCAAUUUGGAUGUGAUUGAACCUACUGAUAAGAUUUCUCUAAAUUAUAGAGAUAUUACAAUAUACACUGAGUCAAUUUCUUUAAAAACCCAAACGAAUGAUUAUGUACUCAAGGAGACAUUGUUGAACACAAGUUCAGAGAUUGCCCAAUUCACCUUUGACCAACUGCCAAUAGGAACUUACGAUUUCUCUCUGGAAUUCGAUGGAUCGAUACGAAAUGAUUUGAAGGGACUCUACAUGAGCUAUUACUGGACUGAAGAUGGUCAGAAACAUCAAGCAGCAACGACAUUUCUAGCUUCAAUUUAUGCUCGUAUGAUCUUUCCCUGCUACGACGAACCACAUUACAAAGCUACGUUUACGGUUAGCAUAACUCAUUCGAACAAAUACCAUGCUCUCUCCAAUAUGCAACCUUUCAAUGCUCCAGAAAUUGUGGCACCAGGAAUACUCCAAACAAACUUCAGGCCUACUCCUAAAAUGUCAACCUAUCUCCUAGCUUUUAUCGUAUCAGAUUUUUCUGAAAACCCCAACUCAGCGGGAAACUUCAGUAUUUACUCCCAGCCAGAGCACCUCUACAUGACAAACUAUUCACUAACGAUUGGACAGCAGUCCUUGAGGAAGCUUGAAGAGUACUUUGAAGCUCCUUUCCAAUUGCCGAAGCUAGACUUGGUGGCAUUCGAUGAUUUUUUAAUGGGUGCAAUGGAAAACUGGGGUCUCAUCACCUUUCUUAGCAGCCGACUCCUCUACGACGAAGCUACGGUAACUACGAAAUCUCUUCAGCAGAUGACAAAAACCAUCACCCAUGAACUGGUUCAUCAGUGGUUUGGGAAUGAAGUAACUGCUGAAUGGUGGUCCGAAAUUUGGCUCAACGAGGGAUUUGCCACAUUUUACGAAGACGUGAUUACUGAUCAACUGUACCCUGAGUGGGAGUUGAUGGAUCAGUUCGUAGUUCAUACGCAGCAAAACGCAAUGGAACGGGAUGCUUCACUUAAUGCUAGGAGCAUGGCUGAUAACAUUGAGACCCUAGAUGACAUUUGGGGUGUUUACACUUACAUUCCGUAUCAGAAGGCUGCCAGUGUUAUUCGCAUGAUUCAGAACGUAGUGUCAAAAGAAGCUUUUAAAGAUGCCAUCAAAAGCUACAUUAAAGCCAUGAGUUACAGUUCAGCAGUUCCACAGAAUUUAUACGAUCACCUUGAAAAUAAUACUUAUGGAAUUAGAAUUGAUAGAAUUUUCUCAAGCUGGGUUGAGAAUCCUGGAUAUCCCCUUAUUACAGUUACCCGAGAUUACCAAAACAGAAUAAUGGAAAUAACUCAGAGACGUUUCAUUGCAAGUGAGGAUGUUGAAGUUCCACAAAACCGGUACUACGUUCCUAUUAAUUAUGCUACAGCAAAGUAUCCAGAUUAUUCAAAUACUGAACCAGUAAACGUCAUAUUUCCAGAAUUACCAACAAUUUCUAUUGCAUUGCCUGAUGAAAUUAACGACGACUGGGUGAUCCUUAAUAAGAGAGCAACCUACUACUACCGCGUGAACUAUGAUACGAAAAACUGGCGGUUAAUUACUGAAAGUCUCUAUAGUGAACCCACUACAAUUGCAGUAGCCAACAGGGCUCAACUUCUCGAUGAUGCCUUUACUCUAGCUAAGUACGGUCAAGUCCCCUAUAAGAUUCCCUUGGAUCUAGUAAAGUAUCUUCGAAACGAAACCGAUUAUAUCCCCGUAACUGUUGCUAUUAAACAUAUCCGACAUCUGGAACAAAUUCUAAGAGGAACCGACAUCCCAUUUAGGAAAUUCUUACAGGGGAUUGUUACAAAUAUUUACAACCAGGUUACUUUCAAUGAAGAUAGGGGUGAUCCUCACUUGAAAAAGAUGUUGCGAAGUGAAGUAACAAAAUUAGCAUGUGAGCUGGAAGUUGAGGAAUGCGUCGAGGACUCUAUUCAGUAUCUGGAUAAUGUAAUUCCUAACACUCGCCCAGCUGUAUUUUGUGGAUAUCUGAAGAAAACUGAAGAAUCGUCCUGGCCCCUUCAACUGUAUUACUUCAAGUUGUCUGAGUACACUCGAACGGAGAGAUCAAGGAGAAAGUAUUCUCAAGAACUUGGUGAUAUCAUAGCGUCAUUUAGCUGUGUAAACAGUCAAUCUCUUAGAUCAUCUAUCCUGCAAAUGACUUUGAAUAAAGAUCCCAACAUUAACUUCCUCCCUGGGGACUACAAUGAUAUAUUUGCUGCAAUUAUUUCUUCAGAUCAAUAUAGCGUUACAGAAGGCCUAGAAUUCUUCGCUCAAUUCUACAAUGAGAUUGAGCAAGGGUAUGAAUCGCUGUCUCGAAUUUACCAAACUCUGGGCAAUAACAUAAAAACAGAAGAGGAACUUAUCUUGUUGAAGAACAUUGUGGCCGAGAAAGUUGACCAAAAUCAAGGUGCAGCUCCAAGUCUGAAGAAUAUUGCCCAUUCUGCUAUUGCAAAAGCAGAAGAGAAUAUUGCGUGGCUCAAUAAAUAUUCACCUGCAAUCGCUGAAUGGAUUGAGCAGCACAAUUCGGCUUCCACACAAACGAAAUCAUCAAUUACUCUAAUUGGCUCCAUUUUCAUAAUCGUUUGCCUAAUCGCAAAUUUUAAGUAGAUUGUAAAGUUCCAUUGAGAUUAUUUGCUAUCAGUCUGUGAAAUGAUUGGACUGAAUUAUCUUCGAGAUAUAAAUUAGAUAAUGAUAUAUUUUAGUAUUAAUUACUAUUUCACAGCUAUUGUUACCAUUUGCUCUGUUGUAAUUUAAUCUUUUGUCGUUGAAAUAAAGUGCAAUGGGUUGACCAUGAAAA